UUAUGCUUCUCUCUCUCUCUCUUUCUCACACGGGGUUUCUCUCAAGAAUUUGCCUUCGAACUCAUUGGCCUCUGGAAAUUCUCGAUGGAAGAUCUAACCCUGCACGACGACGUCGAAUCAGAGGAAAUCUACGAGCCCUUUUUAUGCUGCGUUUGCCAGGAUCUUCUGUUCAAGCCCAUAGUGCUGUCUUGUGGUCAUAUUUCAUGUUUCUGGUGUGUCCAUAAUUCCAUGAGUGGCCGGCAUGAGUCUCGUUGUCCACUUUGUGGGCAUCCCUAUUAUCACUUUCCUACCAUCUGUCAGAUGCUUCAUGUUUUGCUCUUGAAGAUGUAUCCUGUUGCCUAUAAGAAAAGGGAAAAUAUAACUCUAGAAGAGGAAGUGAAAAGAGGUGUCUUUUCACCACAGUGUAAUGCUCAAGCAUGUGUUCAUCGGGGUGAUCCAGCCUCUUUCUCUACCAUGGAUUUUGAGUCAAACUCAUCUUCAGACCCUUCUUCCACCAGGAAAGGGGAGCCUUAUACAAAUCGGGAGCUUUUGUUGUCCGAUUCACUUUUCCAAGAUUGUGGCACAUGUACUCUGAUAGAAACCUCUGAUGGGAAUUCUGAUGUAAUCAGGAAUGUGGCUAUUGAAGAAAAGAAUUGCAAGCAGGUUUCAGUUGCUGAUGUGCUGUGUUCUGCAUGCAAGCAACUACUAUACCAUCCUGUGGUUCUUAACUGUGGCCAUGUAUAUUGUGAAAGUUGUGUCAUCAUCCCUGCCGGUGAGAUGCUUAAAUGCCAUGUUUGUCAAGCCUUGCAUCCAAAAGGAUUUCCAAAAGUGUGUCUGGUGCUUGAUCAGUUCUUGGAGGAACAAUUUCCUAAAGAAUAUGUGCUGAGAAGAGAUGCUGUUCAGCUCAAACAUGUUGAUUUCGAACACAAGAGUGUGACGAUCUGUUCCAGUUCCGCCGAAGCUGGUAAACAAGGAGAGAAUUUACUGCAGUCUCAUACUCGCUCAAACAUUCAUUUAGGAGUUGGUUGUGAUUCUUGUGGGAUUUUUCCCAUACUUGGGGAUAGAUACAGGUGCAAAGAUUGUGUGGAGAAAAUUGGUUUUGACCUUUGUGGUGAUUGUUACAAUACGCAGUCCAAGCUUCCAGGGAGGUUCAAUCAAAAGCAUACCCCAGAACACAAGUUUGAGCUUGUAAGGCCCAACUUUCGUAAUAUGUUGGGGCUGAUGGCUAUAGAGCACGAGGACAACUCUCUUUUAAUUGAUACUGAUGCCUCAGAGGAUUCGGAAAAUGGAUCUCCUGCUCCUGGCUCACCCAGUAGUGCUCAGGAGAAUGCUGAGAGCGAUUGGGCUGCUACUAGUGCCCCCACUGAUGGUGGAGAGGAUCAAACUGGUUCUCAGUCAACCACUUAAAAUUCUAGACUGAGCUGAAGCCAUGAGCAUCCUUCCUAGGGUUCUGGGAGUUGCUUCCUAUCCAGCAACAUUAGACUUCAACCAUUCAAGGCACAAUUGAAGCUGCUUUUGGGUAUGUGUGAGAAUACAAAAGACUUCGUGUUCUUCUCGUCGGUGUCUGGACGCAGGUGUAAGGGGUCAUGUGUGUAAUGGUGUGUCUCCAUGUUUCCACAGGUUUUGGUGGAUGAUUCAUACAGUUAUUCAAUCUUUGGUUGACGAUGCAUUCACUCAUUGUGAUUGGUUAUUUUUAAAAGUGAAACAUAAGUUAGCUGUGUUUGAUGAGUGAUGAGUACAUAUUCUGUGUGCUCUUGUCAGCUUCAAAUGUAGCACUGCUAAUGGGAAUGCAUUCAAUAUAUGCAUCUGCAUUGUAUUCACUUUGAAUGCGUAGUCAAUGCACAUGUGUAAUUACUUGGUAUCCCAUAAUUCAUUAGUAAGUACACACUCAUGUAUGAGAUUGGACAAUGUAUUAUGCAAAUCUUACACAAUUGGAUUUCUGCUUGAGAUUGGGGAAGAACAACACCUGCCCACCUUUCUCUUCCAAGGGAAGAGAUUCAAA